AUGCCACUGCAGGAGCUGUCGGACAUCGGAGCCGCUUUGCAGGGUCGAGCAGAUGCCGCUGUCGAGCGGCAGGAUGCUGGCAGCAACAUAAGCAGUGCGCAAGCCGCUACUGUCAGCAUCACCGAGCCCACACGCACCUCCGGCACUCAGGGGACUCAAGGGCUCGAUGCGCCACUUCCUUCAGCGCCGGCCAGCAUCGGUGUGGUUGAGGAGCUGGAGCCGGUGCAUGAGGAGAUGCUGGAGGACUUCUCUGUGCAGAGCUCACAGAACCUGGAGGCGAUAGUGACUUUCAAUCUGUGCCCCAAGGGCAUCAAGGGCCACGAGGUGCAGAAGAUUGGUGGCUCGUCCUUGGCUUCGCAGGUUUUGUGCGCUCAAUGCAGCCGACUCUCCAACGAAGGACUUGGUUGCUUUCGCUGUCACAAAUACAUCUGUGAUGUCUGCAUGGAAAAAAUCGGCAAGGUCGAAGCCCUGGCUGCAAGUUCUGAUCUACGGCUUCUACAGUGGAGUCGCCACUGCCGCUCCCUCGGUAGGCAGCCCUCGGCUGCACUGGAGACCCAACUACUGAACGGCACGAUACAGCAAACCACGAAGAACGGUGCCUUUGUCUUUCUUCAUGAGCUGGGUUUGCUGUUCAAGCAGAAGGGCGACUUGCGAGCAGCCGAGCAACACCUCACGGAGGCUUUGGACAUGGAGCGCGCCGUCUUCGGGGACACUCCAAACCAGGAAGUGGCUGUCACUCUGCAUGAGCUGGGCUUGCUGUUCAAGGAGAAGGGCGACUUGCGAGCAGCAGAGCAACACGUCACGGAGGCUUUGGACAUGAAGCGCGCCGUGGCUGUCACUCUGCAGGAGUUGGGCAAGCUGUUCGAGCAGAGGGGCGACUUGCGAGCAGCGGAGCAACAUCUCACGGAGGCUUUGGACAUGGCGCGCGCCCUCUUCGGGGAUACUCCCAACCAGGACGUGGUGGUCACUCUGCAUGAGCUGGGUUUGUUGUUCAAGGAGAAGGGCGACUUGCGAGCAGCGGAGCAACAUCUCACGGAGGCUUUGGACAUGAAGCGCGCCGUCUUCGGGGAUACUCCAAACCAGGCAGUGGCGGUCACUCUGCAUGAGCUGGGCUUGCUGUUCAAGGAGAAGGGCGACUUGCGAGCAGCGGAGCAACAUCUCACGGAGGCUUUGGACAUGGAGCGCGCCGUCUUCGGAGAUACUCCAAACCAGGCAGCGGCUGUCACUCUGCAUGAGCUGGGCUUGCUGUUCAAGCAAAGGGGCGACUUGCGAGCAGCGGAGCAACACGUCACGGAGGCUUUGGACAUGAAGCGCGCCGUCUUCGGGGAUACUCCAAACCAGCAGGUGGCUGUCACUCUGCAGGAGUUAGGCAAGCUGUUCAAGGAGAAGGGCGACUUGCGAGCAGCGGAGCAACAUCUCACGGAGGCUUUGGACAUGAAGCGCGCCGUCUUCGGGAAUACUUUUAACCGGGCAGUGGCUGUCACUCUGCAUGAGCUGGGCUUGCUGUUUAAGGAGAACGGCGACUUGCGAGCAGCGGAGCAACAUCUCACGGAGGCUUUGGACAUGAAGCGCGCCGUCUUCGGGGAUACUCCAAACCAGGCAGUGGCGGUCACUCUGCAUGAGCUGGGCUUGCUGUUCAAGCAAAGGGGCGACUUGCGAGCAGCGGAGCAACAUCUCACGGAGGCUUUGGACAUGAAGCGCGCCGUCUUCGGGAAUACUUUUAACCGGGCAGUGGCUGUCACUCUGCAUGAGCUGGGCUUGCUGUUCAAGGAGAAGGGCGACUUGCGAGCAGCGGAGCAACAUCUCACGGAGGCUUUGGACAUGGAGCGCGAGAACGGCGACUUGCGAGCAGCGGAGCAACACGUCACGGAGGCUUUGGACAUGGAGCGCGCCCUCUUCGGGGAUACUCCCAACCAGGCUUUGGACAUGAAGCGCGCCGUCUUCGGGGAUACUCCAAACCAGGCAGUGGCGGUCACUCUGCAUGAGCUGGGCUUGCUGUUCAAGCAAAGGGGCGACUUGCGAGCAGCGGAGCAACAUCUCACGGAGGCUUUGGACAUGAAGCGCGCCGUCUUCGGGAAUACUUUUAACCGGGCAGUGGCUGUCACUCUGCAUGAGCUGGGCUUGCUGUUCAAGGAGAAGGGCGACUUGCGAGCAGCGGAGCAACAUCUCACGGAGGCUUUGGACAUGGAGCGCGCCGUCUUCGGGGAUACUCCAAACCAGGAAGUGGCUGUCACUCUGCAGGAGUUGGGCAAGCUGUACGAGCAGAGGGGCGACUUGCGAGCAGCGGAGCAACAUCUCACGGAGGCUUUGGACAUGAAGCGCGCCGUCUUCGGGAAUACUUUUAACCGGGCAGUGGAUGUCACUCUGCAUGAGUUGGGCAAGCUGUACGAGCAGAGGGGCGACUUGCGAGCAGCGGAGCAACAUCUCACGGAGGCUUUGGACAUGAAGCGCGCCGUCUUCGGGAAUACUUUUAACCGGGCAGUGGAUGAAGUGGCUGUCACUCUGCAGGAGUUGGGCAAGCUGUACGAGCAGAGGGGCGACUUGCGAGCAGCGGAUCAACAUCUCACGGAGGCUUUGGACAUGAAGCGCGCCGACUUCAUCUCACGGAGGGGACAUGGAGCUUCGGGGAUUCCAAACCGGGCAGUGGCUGUCACUCUGCAGGAGUUGGGCAAGCUGUUCAAGGAGAAGGGCGACUUGCGAGCAGCGGAGCAACAUCUCACGGAGGCUUUGGACAUGAAGCGCGCCGUCUUCGAGAAUACUUUUAACCGGGCAGUGGCUGUCACUCUGCAUGAGCUGGGCUUGCUGUUUAAGGAGAACGGCGACUUGCGAGCAGCGGAGCAACAUCUCACGGAGGCUUUGGACAUGGAGCGCGCCGUCUUCGGGGAUACUCUAAGCCAGGAAGUGGCUGUCACUCUGCAUGAGCUGGGUUUGUUGUUCAAGGAGAAGGGCGACUUGCGAGCAGCGGAGCAACAUCUCACGGAGGCUUUGGACAUGAAGCGCUCUGUCUUCGGGGAUACUCCAAACGGGGCAGUGGCUGCCACGCGGCAUGAGCUGGGCUUGUUGUUCAAGGAGAACGGCGACUUGCGAGCAGCGGAGCAACAUCUCACAGAGGCUUUGGACAUGAAGCGCGCCGUCUUCGGGGAAACUCCAAACCGGGCUGUGGCUGUCACUCUGCAUGAGCUGGGUUUGUUGUUCAAGGAGAAGGGCGACUUGCGAGCAGCGGAGCAACAUCUCACGGAGGCUUUGGACAUGGAGCGCGCCCUCUUCGGGGAUACUCCAAACCGGGCAGUGGCUGCCACGCGGCAUGAGCUGGGCUUGUUGUUCAAGGAGAACGGCGACUUGCGAGCAGCGGAGCAACAUCUCACGGAGGCUUUGGACAUGAAGCGCGCCGUCUUCGGGGAAACUCCAAACCGGGCUGUGGCUGUCACUCUGCAUGAGCUGGGCUUGCUGUUUAAGGAGAACGGCGACUUGCGAGCAGCGGAGCAACAUCUCACGGAGGCUUUGGACAUGGAGCGCGCCGUCUUCGGGGAUACUCUAAGCCAGGAAGUGGCUGUCACUCUGCAUGAGCUGGGUUUGUUGUUCAAGGAGAAGGGCGACUUGCGAGCAGCGGAGCAACAUCUCACGGAGGCUUUGGACAUGAAGCGCUCUGUCUUCGGGGAUACUCCAAACCGGGCAGUGGCUGCCACGCUGCAUGAGCUGGGCUUGCUGUUUAAGGAAAACGGCGACUUGCGAGCAGCGGAGCAACAUCUCACGGAGGCUUUGGACAUGAAGCGCGCCGUCUUCGGGGAAACUCCAAACAGGGCUGUGGCUGUCACUCUGCAUGAGCUGGGUUUGUUGUUCAAGGAGAAGGGCGACUUGCGAGCAGCGGAGCAACAUCUCACGGAGGCUUUGGACAUGAAGCGCUCUGUCUUCGGGGAUACUCCAAACCGGGCAGUGGCUGCCACGCUGCAUGAGCUGGGCUUGUUGUUCAAGGAGAAUGGCGACUUGCGAGCAACGGAGCAACAUCUCACGGAGGCUUUGGACAUGAAGCGCGCCGUCUUCGGGGAUGCUCCAAACCACGCAGUGGCUGUUACUCUGCCAAGCUGGGUUUGCUGUUCAAGGAGAAGGGCGACUUGCGAGCAGCAGAGCAACAUCGCACGUAGGCUUUGGACAUGA